AUGAUGCUAAAACCCUACGCCGUGUCACUCUGUAGAGAAGCUGGAGUGACUAUGUUUGCUUCUCCGAAUAAUUGUUGGUUCACAUUCAGACAUUACCAAAAGGUUAUGAAGAAAUUGGAGCCACCAAAGACAUCAAAACCCACAGAUGGGGUCAGUGACAUGCCGGAUGCUAUUCUUCUUUUGAUUCUUUCACGUCUUCCAUCCACUGAAGAAGCAAUUCGAAGCAGCAUUUUGUCCAGACGAUGGAGGAAUUUGUGGACCGCAAUUCCUUCUCUAGACAUACACGACGGAGGAAAAUUUAAAAAAAGCGAAUUCAAAGAGUUUGUGUAUUGGGUUUUAGUAAAGAGAUCCGUCGAUUUAGAUUGUUUUCGUUUUGUUUUGUUCGCAUCACUACAGUAUGUCGACAGUAGGGCGCUGGAUUAA